GAGUGAAGGAAAUGUCGACUGCCAGGUCAGACUGACGAAGCGGGAGAUUUCCCAAACAGUGAGGAAACUCCAUGCUGUGUUGCAUAAAGUCAGUCGUUGCCUAAACAUACGGAGAGCGCUGUGAGUGCGAAGCCUGGCAGUGAAACCAGUCACGAAAAGGGGAAGAAAAGCAGAUUCAGCACUGUGCCAAAAGUAGGGAGGGAUCUGUCCAUUCGACCAGUCACAAAUCCUCGGGGACUUGCUGUCGAAGGGAGAAGAAGAUGUCUGAGAAGGUUCUGUUUGAGGAUAUUUUCAAGAUUUUGACCAGGGACCCUGAAGGAAAGAAGUUUGACAGAGUUUCCCGUUAUGUGUGCAGAAGUGAGCAGUUUGAGAUGGACCUCAUUCUUGAUAUCAAUGUGGACAUCUACCCGUUGAAAGAAGGCGAGAAGUUUGCGUUGGCCCUCGCCCCGACUUUAAACCUUGAUGGAACUCCAGACGAAGGUGUUUUCGAUCAGGUGAGUUGUUGCUGGAGCAACAUCUUCCUCGUCGCGCACACCAAGUCUAUCGCGGUAAAGUAACAUCCAAGUUUUUUACUACCAGGGAGUUUAAAUGUUACCCUCGGACUAAGUAACUGCGCGUGCAUCAUAGGAGUAGAUGGAGUCAAGAGUCAAAACUGAAAAUAAAAAUAAAAAAUUGUGCAUCAUAGUAACAUCCAAGUUUAUAUAUUGAGAGAUAAAGUAGGGUCCAAAUUCUUACUGCCAGUAGCGUCCAAAUUCUUACUGCCAGUAGCGUCCAAAUUCUUACUGCCAGUGAGUUUAACUGAUAAACUCGGAUAAAAGAACAAAAAAAAAAAAAACACUGUGGAUCAUAGUAACAUCCAAGUUUAUAUAUUGAGAGAUAAAGUGGCAUCCAAAUU